AUGUCACUUACACAAACAUAUCAGUCUGGUCAAGUCACUUCUCUGGCCGUAUACAAUCUACCCAGUUCGGCAGACGAAACAGAAGUUCAGUCGGUAUUCCCUUCGGCCAGGUCAGUCAACUUCGUACGAAGUCAUUCUGUGUCUUCGCAAUCUAGAGGCAUGUGCAUCUUGCAAUUCAACAAUGCUCGUGACUGUCAACAAGCCUACGAUGAAUGUCUUCAAGGAAAAGAAAUUGGUGGACAGCUGGUCCAUGCAGAGCUGAACGGAGAUUAUCGUUCCAGUUCGUCAGAAAAUUUAAAUGUCAGCCAGCAUCAUGGAGUCAAUUCCAGGGAUUUCAGACGUCCACAUGCCGAUAAUGAGUGCAGCCAAACCACAUAUGAUCCGCAUGGUAGAACUGAAAGUGAAGGUUCUGCCAACGCCUGUACGCUUACUGUGUCAAAUCUUCCCUAUACAGCAUCUGAAAGAGAUAUUAUGCGCGAGUUCCCGGAAGCCCUCCGAGUAGCACUUUCGUUAGACGAGCAGGGUCGUUCUAGAGGCGUUGCUCACGUGACUUUCUCAAACUCCGACCAAUGCAGCGCCGCUCUUACUUCCUGUGGCAAUAAGAUGAUGGGCGGUAGACCUGUGCGUGGACGAAUCCAGAGAGACCAGGAGCACAGCCAACCAAGUUAUAAUAAUCAACGCUCUUAUAACCGUGACCAAAGAGAAUACGGUCAACGUAAUCAACGUGAAUACAAUCAACGUAAUUUCAAUAAUCGGGACCACACCAACCAGCGUGAAAACGGUAACCAAAGAGAUGGCAAUCAGCGUGAUUAUAGUGGCCAACGUGACUAUAACAGACAAGGUAGGCAGUUCGACUACAAUUCAGGCAGAGGCGAAAGAGACGUAAACCGCUUCCAAGGUGCACCAGCUAAUCGAGGCAUGUCACGCGAGUUCGGUAGAAACGAUCGCUUCGAACGAACAGAUCAAAGACGAGAUCGCAGCCCAGCCAGAGGAGAACCAGUUCGCGGAUACGGUAGUUCAAAGGGGCCCCGAAUAACAUCAGCUGUAAUUCACCGUCCAGGAAAUGCCAGCCCUUCGGAGUCCUCCUCUUCAGAUGAGGACUAA